UAAUAAACGCUCUUUGACCCAAAUACAGCGAGCAGUCCGAGUCCGAGCUAUCACGACUGAGCCAUGGCAUCGGACGUGGCUCCUGCUCCCGCGGAGGAUGCAGAUUUCAUCACGACCACGAACGGUCCUACCCUCAGACAUCGCAGGACUGGCGCGACGCUUGGGUCGUCCGACCCGAACGUGGACUUCAACAAUGAGGGCGAGCACGACAAAGUCAGCGAAAAAGGUCAGGACGAGGUGACAUGGGGUAAAACUCCAUCCGGUCAAGUCUUUCGAGUCCCGGCAACUCAUUCAUUCCUCCAUACGCUCUUACACACUCUGCACAGGUCCUCGUUGACCCGCUUGACCUUUCUUACUUUGAUCUCGCAACCUAUCUUGUUUUACCUCUGGCGAAACCAUCCCGGCAUUCGUUCCACAUUUUUCCUGAUCUACUUUACGUUCUGGCGAGGAAUGUAUGAUUGGGGUUUCGCUUGGGCUCUCAGGAGACAAAGUGAGAAGAAAUGGAUAGUUCGAAUGCUCCGGCAACGUGGUUGGCUAGAUACGAAAUCCGAGUCCGGUGGCGAAGAAGGUCGUGUCUGGGCAAAAUGGUGGAAACGAGAGCUCGAGAUGAAGAUGGGAGAGGGGUACAAAUGGGAAGACGUUCCCCAGGAAUUCAACGCAUGGUUGAUCUUUCGCCAACUGGUCGACUUGGUUCUGCUCAAUGACUUUGUGUCCUAUUCUUGCUUUGCGUGGGCCAACCUCAGCUUCCCAUCAGGCCAUACGACAUUCUUCCAUGUCUUCCGCUGGAUCCUAGGAUGGUCGCUCAUCUUCUUCAAUCUCUGGGUCAAAGUCGAUGCCCAUCGUGUGGUCAAAGAUUACGCCUGGUAUUGGGGAGAUGCAUUCUGGCUCAUGGUCAUGCAGCACGACCUGGUCUUUGAUGGAGUCUACGAAAUUGCGCCACAUCCCAUGUACUCGGUUGGAUAUGCUGGCUACUAUGGCCUUUCAAUGGUCGUCGGAUCAUACACUGUGUUGUUCGUCUCGCUGGCAGCUCAUGCGGCCCAGUUCGCCUUCCUGCUUUGGUUUGAGAACCCACAUAUCGAGCGGACCUACGGAGGUGGCAAGAAACCGCUUGCCUCGCGAGUUCCUUUGGCAUGGGGCGAAAACCCCUUGCCGGCCACAGAAUCAGUCUUAGUAGACGAAGAAGUACCUGAGAGGACACCUGCAGUUACCGAAGGGGAGACCGAGACGGAGCCUGAGCUCCCUGAGCUGUCCGACGGACCCAUCUCCAAUCCCGAGAUUCGAAAGAACCGCUCCGACAGCUCGUAUAGCUCCAUGUCCAUGUCGAUCACACCCACAGGCGACAUGUCGCUCCCCAAGAACAUGUCUAGCGGUUUCAAGACCCGACCGAGACGAGCGACUAUGCACGACCUCACACAUCGAUUCUUCCGAAAGCCCCUGGUCAUCCUCAAUCGCCUAGACGUAUUUCGAUCGACAGACUUCGCACUGGUCCUUCUCCUCAUAUACAGUCUAUCCUCGCUUGUACCUGCGCUUCCGGCAAAGGUCGGUCUUGGCGUCCAUUUCCUCCAUGCUUUGGCGUGGCGUUUGUUUCAUUCCUAUGGUCUGGGAUUGCUCUUGCGGGCUCAAUCCAAGACGAAAUGGCUGGUUCGACAUUACCUGAAACACUAUCAUUACCCCAAUGAGGUUGGCAGCGAAGCUAGUUCCGGUAUGGAAAGAGAGGGCGUAGUCAAGCGUGCGACCGAGGAGGCUUUCAGAAAUUGGCAAGUGGCGUACAACAUCAGUCUGGUCAUGACCUAUGUGUCCUUCGCGGGGCUGGCGUGGAAAACCUAUCAUUUGCCUGCAGAUUGGACAGUGAGCGGAACGCUGCUCCGACACGUGCUGGGCCUCUCUCUCGUCGCUCUUCACGUAUGGGCUGCUACAUCGAGCUACGAGGUCUUGGGCGAUUUCGGAUGGUUCUAUUCCGACUUCUUCCUCAUCGAGCAGAUCCCGUCCCAGCUGGCUUACACUGGUAUCUACCGAUUCCUCAACAACCCUGAGCAGAGCAUGGGGGGAGCCACGUUCUUCGGUCUAUGGCUGAUCAGUUGGUCCAAGCUCGUGUUGUUCCUGGCAGUCGUAUCACAUCUGAGUCACUGGUGGUUCCUCUCGAGCGUGGAAAGGCCCCACAUGAAGAAGCUAUACGGAGAUCGAUUGCGAAAGGAUGGUGGUCUGACCAAGACCUUGAAGUCGGUGGCAGGAAAGACCUUGGCCGACAGUGCUGGGAAGCAUGCACCCGAGAUUCAGAGAGUCGUCAAGGAGGUCCGAGGAUCUAUCGAGCGAGUCGAGGAGAAGCUUACGGAAGCCGUCGAAGAGUUCUUGGAUCAUGCUCGACCGGUCUUUGCGGAUAUGGUCAACGACACGAGGAUCCUACUUCAACAGUCCAGGGAGAGGAUGAUUAUCACUCGUGUGGCGAGUGACAUCUCUGCCUACGACACGAGCCGAUACUCACUGAAGAUUGCGACCAACUCCUCUACCCCGGCACUCAAGUUCAAAGUCGGUCAACCCAUCAGAGUCCAAUGGACUGCACCCUCGAAUCAUUCCAGAAAGGAUUGGAUUGGCAUCUAUCGACUCGGUUCAUGUCGAUCGAAUUUGGUCACUAGGAUCGCGUCAAUGGGUAAAUGGAUGCCAAUUUUUGAAGAUGAAUGGGAUGGUGACGAGUACGUCUCGCCACUUGGAACUGUCAAACAAGAGGAUUGUGGAGAAGUGGUAUUUCGAGGCGAUCAACUGCCCUGGUCUGAAGGCAGAUAUGAACUCAGGUAUCACCAUGAUGGGAAGCACAACGUCAUGUCGCGAGUGGCGCCCAUUGAGAUCGAGGUCAGCCGUCCAUCCGACCCGACCUCGUACAAAGCUGUGCGCUCGUGUCUUCUGGACAUUGUCACAGUCUCGCUUGACGAGAAUCCGGCACUUUUGCCCAAUUCGGUCCUCAAGGCCAAGUCAAAGAGUAUCCCAUCAUCUCCUGAUCCGGAUGUGUCGCCUGAUCCUGUAGCUUCGGAUGACCUUUCACCUGAAACAGAUGGAUCUGCUGAUAUAGCUUCGACUUCUGUCGAAGAUGACGGUCGAGAUCCCGACGAUUUCGCCAUCAUGGAUGAAAAGCAAGCCAAGCGGAUUGUCUCACUGUGCGAAGCGGCUUUCGACGUGGAAAUGACCGUCGAUGUCGUAGUUGCAGAAGCCAAUGUCGGGGCUCUAGCCAAACGCAUCUUGGGUGCGAGGAGCUUGGUCAAAUCUGCUCCUGGUGGAUAGCACGAGCACGAAGCAUAGAAUCAGCGGCCCGCCUUCUUUGAAGUGGAGCAGCGCAUGCAAAUAAUGUAUUGCAUCGUAUCGUUGCAUGUCAUCCCGUCUCG